AUGUCUUCAUCAUCGAAUGGUCAUCUAUCAUCGGGAGCAGCCUCCAUUGUUGGAAGGAUGAUGAGUGGCCGUAUGGAUCAAGAAUCAAAUUCUCAGUUGAAAAAACAAUCAUCAUCAACACAGCUGGGUCAUGUAUCUGCUUCGGAGGAAAUGAAUCAAAUUCAAAAGUAUUUCAAGGAGGAUCCAUAUUUAAAAUUGUUUGUGGAGAAUCAAAACUCAUCAGAUGAGCCUCUAUCAUUUGAUGUUGCAAAUUAUUUGAAAAACAAAUUGAAAGAAGAGGAUGAUCAAACAAGCGUAAAAUCACAUGGCUUGCUAGAUUCCGAGAUUUCAAAACUUCAUGAAGGCAUUUCUGUGAUUGAUAAUCAAAUUUUCAAAAUUUUCGAAAAACAAAGCUCUCAACUCGAAGAUGAUGAGUUAGAAUUUAAGAAUUUCUUGUCAAAAACAUUGGGUGAUGAGCUAAAGAACACGGAAGAAACAGAUAUGUCUCUCGUUUAUCAGUACCAAAAUACAAUUUCUGGAAAAGGCUUUUAUAAGAGCAUCUUUGAAAUACAAAAGCUUGAAGAUGACUUAAUACAAGUGAAGAAAAACGUGGAAUCACUACAACAUUCUGUGUCCAAACUCCAAUCAAGCUUGGGAUCGAGCUACACAAAUUUAAACACUCGAUAUAAGCAACUGUACAACAUAUUUGAAACAAUUGAACUUCUUCGAAAAGUGUACACCUUCUUGUCUCUGGUUUCCAAGCUAAGAAAGAGUUACAGCGGUUACAGCUCUGAGCAGACAAAUUUAUUUAACGUUUCUCAAUAUAUUUAUGAUUUGGAACAAAUCAUCAAAUCAAAAGAGUUGGAGAAAAUUAAUAUUGUUGAGAAAGAAAUUCCCUAUGUGAAAGAAAUCACUAUAGAGAUGAAAAAUGAAGCGUUGAAAUCCAUCAAGGAAGGAAUGAAAAACAAGCAACAAUCGUUGGUUGCCACUGGUUUACAAGUGUUCUUUAAUUUUGGAAUUUUAUCCGAGACAGUAUCUGAGAUUGUGGACCAGCAAUUAAAUACAGCAGUUUCAGGCAUAAAAUCAACCAUUAACCAAAAGGUCACAAAAACCAAUGAAGGAUUUAGAACUCAAUAUUUAGUUCAGCUUAAAUCAAUGUUGUUUGAUGUAGAGACCAACUUUGCACAAGUCCACCACUUGGAUAUGGUUGUUAAGAAAAAACGAGAUACAUUGACUCAGGUAGAAUUUUCAUCGAUACUCAAAGAACGUGGAAAUGAUAAUUUCUUGGAAAGUUUUUGGAAGUCGAUAGCAGAAGCAUUUGAUGAUGCCAUCAAAAGGACACUCAAUAGUAACAAUCAAAUAAUUAAGGAUUUAUUAAUCAAUGAGUAUCCUCAAUUUAAAUCAAUGAUGAAGGAAUUCUCUAACUCUAUCUCAAAUUACUUGCCAAUACUUACACAACAAGAAUUACGACCCCAACGAUGGAUGACAACAGUGUUGGAUCCUCUUGAGAUUCGUUAUUUAGGUCUGUGUUUAAAUAGACUAUUCGACAAGACAAAGCAGCUUUUUUCCAAAGUCAAUCUUCCAAAAUCAAAAACCGAUUCUGGUGGUUUCAAAGGUCUCUCCUCUUCUGACAUUAGAAACUUGACCUCACUAAUUCAACAAGAAUUAAGUAAUGUUAAAACAGAUACCAAGCUUUUUAUUGAUGUUGGAAAGAAUGUUGGAAAAGCUCUUCAAUUAUUUUCAAACAAAAUCGAAGAAAUGAUGAUAACUGAUGCAUCAGCAAAAGAUAUUGAUCUCCUUUCGGUUCUGGAGGGAAAUUCUCUCAGCAAUAUGGCUAAAACACCAUCACCCGCACAGACGUUUAAUGCAAAUCUUUUCACAUCCAUUUAUUUACUUUUAUCAUCUACAAGAAAGGUAAUCAAGACCUUUUCGAGUAUUCCUGUAUUUACGCGGCUAGAAAUUCACUUAGAGCCAUCGUUAAAGAAGUUGGAUGAAGUUGCAAAGCAAAUUUUGCAACCUGUAUUCGAUGUCAUCAAGAAACAAUUAUUGACUGUAUUACGGAAUAUGCAUUUGUCAGAAGGAGAGUUAUCGCAGAAACAGCAGCAAUUGGAAAUGAGCCACCUCGAAAUGGGAGGAGAGUACAACUCAAAUUCCCUGUUUGUAAAGCAGUUCUUCUAUUGUAUGAAGUGUGCCAAGAGAGUUUACUUAUCCAUUUAUGACACUCAGCAAUCGCAACAAAACAUUUUCCUGCCCUUAAUUGAGCAACUAUACUUGUACAUAACUGUGGAACUUACCUUAAAAGUGAUCACAUUAUCGCGGACCUACCCAUUGGAGGAGAGAGAAGCUCAUUUCUUGUCCGUGUUAAAUGAUGCCAAGCAGUUACAAUUAAUGAUUGGAGACUUUUUUGCUGAUGACAUUAACUAUCAAACAAAUGGACAUUUACUUUUCAGAGCACUCCUUAAGACUCUGUUUCAAAGCGAUUAUCAAUCAGUAGAGAAACAUUUAGUCACCAACAAUUUGUCAUACAUUGUCCUGUUGGUUCAUUUACUUUUCACCAAAGUUGAAAAUUCUGAGUGGAUUGUUCCUCCUCAUGAACACAUGAACAUUUCUUUACGAGAAUAUAGCAAAUGGUGGCUCGAAAUGAAUCAAAAGAAUGAUACGGCAGUUCUACAUGUCCUCUCUAAGUGUCUAGAAGAAAUGAAACAAAAAGACAAGGAAUCUAAAUCCAAAGCAAUUCCCUUCAUUGAACAAGUGAUUCAGCAGCAACAAGAAUCUAAAGACAAACAGAAACAAUAA